CGGUCGGCCAUGGUGAGCUUGCGACGGAAAUUCUCGCGCGGCGACAUGGUUGCAGUGAUCUUGGCAUCCUCCAUGUUUGGUUGAUGCGCUGAACGAAUGGCGGCGGCUGGGCUUGGCUGGCAGCUGGUCGGCCACGGUCGGGUCAACCUGCGCCAGGACUACUGCCUCGGCCUCGGCCAGCUCCUGCUGCUGCUCGGCCGUCAGUGGAUGUUUGGCAUCAAGCCGGUUCGGCCAGUGCAGGCCAACCAAGUCCGGCCGCUGGUUGUGCAGUGGCGGGACUGGCGCCAGGAUCGACUCGCGCAGGUUGCGCCACCAGCCACCUGCUCUUGGUGGCUGCACUGCAGCCUCAGCAGUGGGCUGCUUUUGGCUGCGCUUGCGGCGAAGGGAGCCGGCGAUCCGCUGCAGCAGACCCGGGUGGCUCUGCUGGUAGUAGUCAGGCAGUGGAGGUGCCUCGUCGCCGGCAUAGGGGUUCAGCGGGCUCGAGCCAUGCCGGCCCAUUUUCUGCGACGCAGGGCGUGGCCGGAUCGACGUUUGCAUCGGCGACGCCUGGACCGGCUCGGUCCGCCGCCUGCUGCUCAAUGAGCCGCUGGGUUCUUCGGGAACUACUGAGAGCAGGCGAGCCCUGGCUGCUGGUAGACUGACUGGGCGACUGGCCGGGCAGAUUGCAGCGGAUCACGGUUUCUCCGCACC